CUAGAAACCGACCCAGGUGUUGAUUUAGCUGAUCUGAUCUGAAAUAGGGAACCCGUCAUUCUCAUUCACAAGAAAAUCCCAUUAUUACAUCAAAGUUGGAAUCUUUUCAUCUUUGCAUCCAUUUCCAAUCUAAGAAAUGUCAUCGUUUCUACACCAAAGAAGUCUCCACAACCCGUUUUCGAAUCCAUUCCCCGCUUCACCUCCUUCAACAAAUUCAAAGAAACCCAUUUCAAUUUUGGGUCCCACCACCCUCCUUGCCCUCUUAUCUCUGGUGAUUGUGGUGGGUGUGCUAUGCCCGUGGCUGGGCAUGCCCCAAGUCUUCUCCUUUACUUCAAAACCUGUUAUGUCCAAAUGGGAUCACUACACUUUGGAAGAAGCACUCUCUUUUGUGGCCAAAAAUGGGUCUGUGAUUGUUUGUAUUGUGAGCCAACCUUACUUGCCCUUCCUCAACAACUGGUUGAUUAGCAUUACAAUGCAGAAGCGCCAAGACAUGGUUCUUGUCAUCGCUGAGGACUACCCUUCACUCCACAAGGUCAAUCACCUUUGGCCUGGCCAUGCUGUGCUCAUCCCUCCCGUGCUUGAUGCUGAAACUGCCCAUAAAUUUGGUUCUCAGGGUUUCUUCAACUUUACAGCCAGGAGGCCGAGCCAUCUGCUGAAGAUUUUGGAGCUUGGAUAUAGUGUGAUGUACAAUGAUGUUGAUAUGGUUUGGUUAGCCGAUCCAUUUCCUUAUCUUCAAGGGAACCAUGAUGUGUACUUUACUGAUGAUAUGACUGCAAUCAAACCAUUGAACCAUUCUCAUGAUUUACCACCGCCAGGAAAAAAGGGCCGUCCUUACAUAUGUAGUUGCAUGAUUUUCCUCCACCCUACCGAUGGAGCAAAGCUAGUUUUGAAAAAGUGGAUUGAGGAACUUCAGCUUCAACCAUGGUCAAAAACUAAGAAAUCUAAUGAUCAACCUGCUUUUAACUGGGGUUUGAUGAAGAUUGCUAAAGAGGUGGAUUUAUACCUGCUUCCACAGGCAGCAUUCCCUACAGGGGGGUUAUAUUUCAAGAACAAGACAUGGGUUAAAGAAACUAAAGGAAUGCAUGUUAUAAUUCAUAAUAACUAUAUUGUUGGGUUUGAGAAAAAAAUAAAGCGGUUUCGGGACUAUGGCCUUUGGCUGGUGGAUGAUCAUGCACAUGAAUCCCCUCUAGGUGGAUUAUGAUCCUUGGUAAAUGACAUGAGUAUAUCGUUAGCUUUGGUGCAAGCAUUUAGAUUGGGAACAUGCUUUCUGUCAACUUGUUCAUCCUGCUUGCUGGGUGGAUGCUUUCCGAAGUUGUUGCAAUCGAUGCUGUCAAACACACAACAUUGGCUGAAUGAUGGGUUGGGAAAUAUGGUCUUUUAUUUCAAUUUUUUGGCAGAAAAAAUGUGCUUACAAAAUGUAGAUUUUAUUUCAAGGCCAAGGGAAGGAAAAAGCAGAUUUUAUUACUUGUACCUCAUAAAUGUAUGAUUGGUUAGAGAAAAAAAGGUUUCAAUAGCAAGCUUUUUAUUCAAUUGGCAUAUACACGAAAUAUAUUCUUUUUUGUUUUUUUUAUGGUAAAUGGCUUGUUUUUCCUAGAAGGAAAUAUGAAGUCAUAUUACCAGUGGGAUGUGAUGUACCUGAUAAGGUGCGGUUGUUUAGUAAAAACUACAUGUUUCAAC